UUUGGUCGGAAUCGCCGGGGCCCGUGUGGGUUUCGGGCCUCUGGGCUGUGGCGGCGGCGGGACUGGGGGUGGCGGAAGAAGUUGGGGGACCCGGCCUUCGGCGCUUGGGCCCGGGGAGCUACGCCCUAGGCUGGGUCCCAACCAUCCAAAAGGACGCAUUUUGCCGCACAGGCUAAGAUGGCGGCGGCGGCCGAGGAGGCGGAGUUGGUGCUACACAAGGAGCCCGGGCCCCGGGUUCGGGGAGGCGGCGGCCGCGGCGGCCGCGGGGGGCGGCGGAACCUGAGGUCUGAUUCCCUGGCCUUUGUGUCCCUGGGAGCUUAAUCUCUGCCAGAGGAAAGCAGGUGUGCUCCACUUCUCCCGUGAACCUGAAGAUGAGUUGUCCCAGACCCUUCUCAGUGAUUGGAAACUUAGGUGGUGGAACUAACGGUUUCUUGUUACGAGACUUCCACAGACGACUCUCGUGUUGGGAUCCAUCCAUGGUUUAGCAACAUUAGUGGAAAACUUUUCUUGAACUGUUUAAGUAAUACUGAUACAAAUCUAGUUGUUAUAAAACUUUCAUGUCUAGAGUUAAGAUUUUGUGUGGUCCUUGAGAAGUCCUCAACGAGAGAAACACAGUUGAGGUCCUUGAUGGUCUUCUUUAUUAUCCAAGUUAAUAAUAUUGUCCGCAGAAAUAACCAAAUCACCAUCAUCUAUUCUGGCCAGUCCUAACUAAUGCCAGGCUUGUUGCAUCCAGAUGAUAGAUUAGAUUUGCCUUAACAGUAUAUUGCCUCUCUGCAGUAGUUUUCUUGGUCCCACAAGAAAAAGAGCAUUUCAAAAAAUAGACAACUCAAAUUUCUCAAAGAAAGGAAACCUGCUGUUUGCCUUCAGUUGUAUGUGCAAGUAUCCAAUCUCAACCAGAAAGAUUUUGCCAUUGAAGUGUAAAGAAUGAGAAUGCUACCUUAUAGAGAGUUGCACAAAAGUUUGAAUGGUUAAAAUCCAUGAAGGACACUUUGUAAAUUGAUCUGCAAUGGAAUUAAUGAUCGUGGUUUUUACUUGUGCUUCAAUAAUUUUUUUGCAAAUGGGAUUAAUGGUUAUAGCAUUGUUUUUCAUGACUGUUGAGCACUGUAAACCUUAUUGUAGUGUAACAAUUGGUGCUGUUGAGAGAAAGAUUUUUUUUCUGAAACAUGUAUUCUUAUAAUAAAGUUAUAAAAAGUACAUAACAAUGAAAAUAUGUAUCUUCACAUUCUAGUAUGCUGAGCUUUGAGGAAUAGAUGUGUUUUGUAAAUUGUGCAGAUGUGGACAUGAAAAUGCUUUCUCAUUAAUGUUUGGAUUAUGAAUGUUUUUGAGCUUAUGAAAGUAUUUAUAUGAAGUUUUGUUGUUUGGAAUUUGUACCAAGUUUGCUUAAUAAUUUCUUGCUCCAAGAUUUUUGUUAUUUUGAAGAAAUAAAACUCAUCUGUGAACUUUUUAUUAUGUAGGUUUUGUAUUUGUGAAGUAUAGAGGUCAAAAUUGAUUAGACAUUGAAAAAUAUAUUAUCCUUAAAAUAUUAAGAGUUUAUAUAAUAGCUUUUGGGGGCUAGAUUUAGAAUAUUACAAACAAAAUAAUUAGCAUGCUGUUAUAGCUUUAAGACCUGACUUUUGUGUGUAGAAAAAUAAUAUUUAAGAGAAAGUUCUAUGUUUGUGUUUUGAAAAAAUGAAUGUUAUAUUUGAAUUUGGUUUUGGGAGAUGUAAUUUUUUUGUAUUCAGAAAAACCUUUUAACUGUUGUUGUAUUUCUCCCAGCCUUCUCUUGUUUUAACUGAGUUAUUUAAUUAUUAUAUAAUAUUCAUUUAGUAUCACACUAGGAUAAGAAUGCAGAUAUAUAAAACAAAUGAUGUGGUUCCUGCUCCAGAGAGGUCAUUAUCUAAGAUACAACUUGAAGAGUGCUUAAUAAUGAAAUAUUUGAAUCACUGGAUUUACACAAGAUGAUAUGAACAAUGUGUAGUAAGACUGUGAAAGCUUCCUGGGAAAAGUACUUUUUAACCUAGAUUUUGAAUAAGUGAUAUUUAUAGAUUAGUGGAGAGGGAAGGGAGUAUCGGCUAGGGUGAAGGUUUGUUAAAAAGCACACAGAGAUGGGAAUUGUGGAAUGCAAGUAUUUUCCUUGUUUGAAGUAGAAUCUGUUUUAAAUGAAUAUGAUAAAAAUAAAGCUUAUAAGGUUGUGACCUGAGCUGGAGGAAUCUAAAAAAGUUUGUGUUAGAAAUAAGGAGUUCUACUAAAGGCCAUUGAACAGAAAUACAUGAAGAAAAAUGAGAAAGAUCAACAGCCAGAUAUGAUAUGAUUAGAGAAGAGAUUAAAGUGAGAACGGCCAGUUAGGGGUUAUUAUCUUGGUGAACGGUAGAGAGGGUAUAUUAAGAGUAAGAAUGGGUAGUUUAAAAAUAAAACAGGUGAAAAUGUGGCUCCUAAGUUUGUAGUAUAAAGUUAAUAUAAGAAUGGAACCAUUUUGUUAAUACUGUCUUUUGGUGUUGAAAAUAAACUUAUGUGGAGACACAGUUUACAUAUAAGUUACUAAUACUAAUUGAGAAAUCCUAUUAAAAAACAGGAGCUUUUUUUUUUUUUUAAUUUAUGAGCUUUAAAAAAAAAACUUUGACAACUAAGACCAAGAAAGUUAUGCUAUAGUGGUAUUUUUUUAAAUUGUUAGUACUGUCAACUAAAGAAAUAUUUGAGAUGAAUAGUAAGAGAUUGUAAUUGUAUUGUUGAGUUUUGAGUUAUAAUAGUACAUUUAAGGCAUGCCUUAAGAGAGAUUCUAGUUGCAACGGGAGUUGGUGUGGAAACAGAAGAUAAUAAAAAUUAAUAAUCUGGACUACCAGUGUUUAAAUGUUUUAGAAAUAGAUAUUGUUUUAAAAUUUGGAAGCAGUUGUGAACGCACUGCUGUUAUUGGGGGAAUCCCUAAAAUGUAGUUCCUGCUGGGCAAUAGUAGUUUCUGCUAUUUAAGAUGUGAGAUGUUUGUCUUUACUGGGGUUUGUAAGAGUUUUAAAUUGAACAUAUACUGUUGUUUUAGAAGGGGCAUCCCCAGUUGCUCGGUGGUAAAGAAUCCGCCUGCCAGUGCAGGAGAUGCAAGAGACGUGGGUUUGAUCCCUGGGUCGGAAAGAUCCUCUGGAGGAAGGCAUGGCAACCCACUCCAGUAUUAUUGCCUAGAAAAUUCUAUCGUCAGAGAAGUCUGGUGGGCUACAGUCCAGGGGGUUGCAAAGAGGUGAACACAGUUGAGCAUGCAUGUAUUCUCUUAAAAUGAGUACGGUUAUUAGAAAAUAUGAAUUAAAAUUAGAAAAUAUGAAAAACAAUUAUAAAAUAUGAAAAAUUAUAAAAAUUAGAUAGUUUUAAAAGUAUACUUCUGCCUCUUUUAGGGUUAGUAAAUAGAACAGUUUAGGAGUUAAUAAGAGUCUUGGAGUUUUAAGAUAAUAUAUUAGUCUUAUAACAAGUCUAUAUUUUAACCAUUCUCAUAGUUAAUAUAGGCUUAACUUUAGUUAAUGAAGAAGUUACUGUGGUUUCUGGCACCAUGGUAAAAUAGGGAGGUACAUUUCACUUCAUCCAAGUUACCGGUUGAGACAAAUCAGCUAAAGCAAAGGACAGUAGUUGGUCCCCAACUGUCAGUGGGGAAAAAGCAUUUUUAUCUGUAUUGCUGAGAUUGGAGUUUCUGUGUAGACAGAGUGGUAAAGGAUGACAGCAGAACUAUCUACUGUUCCAUGAAUAUUGGAUGAUCUAGUGGUUUGGGAAUAGGAAAUUUGCCUGAAAACCUUUCUCUGAACCUCAUUCUUGAAUAGUUCCCUAUUUAUACUCUUUGUGGCUGCAAACUUACUGGAAAUAGACCCAUCCUUACCUGUGUUCUCUGCCAUAGGCCUCUGCAUGCUCAUAAGCAGUGAAAAAUCACAACAUAAACAAGGAGAGCCAGCAGUUUAAACAAGAUGGAAACUAGGAAACCAAAUUGACUAUUCCAUAUACAUUGAUCCUGCUGAAACAGUUGACACAGGAGGGAGGUAGAAGAGGAGAUAGAGGUAUCUCUGGCUGUGCUGGACUCACAGUCUUAUGCUUUGGCAGUGAGUGUCUUAAUGGUGGCGUUGCCAUUAGAGUGAUACAAAUGGCAUCCUAAGUAGAUGUCCUUUGGUGUGAUAUUGCUUGCCUAAUUAUCUCCUGGCUUAUCUCUUUUUUCCACGCCUUAUUUCCCAACUUUCUGUCAAGUUUGGUUACCCAGUACCCUUCUAACAGCUUUUUCUUAACUUAAUUGGAAUAGAUUUCUUUCCCACUCUCCUUCCCUUUAUAAAUUGAAUUAAAAAUUUUUGUUAUGUGGUUUUAUAAGAGUUUUAUCUAAGUAAAAAUAGCAAAUGUUUGAAAUGAAUGGCAAAAUCAAUACUAGACAUUCAUAUCAAGCAAAGGCUAAAACUUUUCUAGUCCAAAACCUUUGAAUGAGAAAAAGACAAUUUUUUUAAUUAAUAAAAAAUUAGACCACUAAACAAUAGUAGGUUUGAGGGUUUGUGUGAUAAACUCAAAUAGCAAUGAAACAUAUGAAGUAGUGUUUUUAGAGAAACUGGUAACAAGAGUCUUUUUCAGGAGAUUUUAAUUUACCUCUCAGAAUUUAAUAGACCAAGUAAAUAAAAAUUAAGGCUAUAAAGAUUUGGAUAGCAAUACGCUUUAUCUAACAGGUAUAUGUCAAACUUUGUUCCCAAUAAAUACACAUUUUUUCCAAUUUAUGUGAAUUAAAAACUUUUAAUGUCUUGGGCUUCAAAGAGAAUUUGAAAUUUUAAAUAAGAGAAAUUAUAUAAGUCGAUAUAUUUUGACUACAUUAUAGAAAAACUGGUUGUUAAAGCUAAAAUGAUUUUAACUAUUUGGGUGAUUAAAACUGUAUCCUACUGAAACUUGAGCCUAAAUUUCAUACUAUUUAAAAAGGAGCAACAGUGAAGAAGACAUGCCACAUCAAAACUGGUGAGAUGAAUAUCUUUUUAAACAUGGUGGAUUAAAUAACCAUUUAUUUUGAAAUCAACCCUCUCGUAGAAUUAUAAUAAUUUUUUUAAAGCAUAAGGUAUCAAGGAAAAAACUGGAAAGUUGAUCACAGAAGUAAAGCUCUGGAAGCUGGAAAGCAGCAACUUUGUACCACUAAGAAAACUCAACUUUCCACUUUUGGUGGGAAAGGCCUAGAAUGGUCUAGAAUUGUGCUGUUGAACCCUGUGAUGCUUCAGGAAUUAGUGGCUGCAGGUACCUUAAGAGAAUUGUCUAAGAGUUAAUAAAUUAACAACCCUCAUGGUGCCAAUAAGAUGUUUCUUACCUUUAUCUAGGUUUCCUCUCUGAUACUGUGUUCUUGAACAGUAGGCAAGCUCAGGUUAAGAGUGUCAUACUCAGAAACAGAAUUGAGAAGAAUUUUACAUGUUGAACUAGGAAUCAUCGAGUUUCUUUCCUCCUGGUUCUGAAAAUACUAGACAUCAAGCUUUCUGCCCCCAGAGGUUUGAUUUAAUUUCGAAUGAGAUUGUUCUUGCAGCGAGAUGUUAAUAAGACAAAAUCUAGACUAAAUGUGUUAAAUGGGCUUACCAACAAUAUGGAUGAUUUGAAGAUAAACACCGAUGUUACUGGUGCUAAAGAAGAACUCCUAGAUGACAACAGUUUUGUAUCAGACAAAGAGAGUGGAGUUCAUAAACCAAAAGAUUGUCAAGCAUCAUUUCAGAAAAACAAUACAUUCACUUUGCCUGAAGAACUGUCAAAGGACAAAUCUGAAAAAGCCUUAAGUGGAGGCCAGUCUACUCUGUUUAUACAUGCUGGUGCUCCUACUGUUUCUAGUGAAAACUUUAUCUUGCCUAAGGGAGCUGCUGUUAAUGGACCAGUUUCACACUCCUCCUUAACUAAGACUUCCAGUAUGAAUAAAGGCAGUGUUUCAUUAACCACUGGACAGCCUGUGGAUCAGCCAACAACAGAAUCUUGUUCAGGUUUGAAUGUGGCAGCCGAUCUUCAGCUCUCUACACCACAGAAAGCAAGUCAACACCAAGUUUUAUUUUUAUUAUCAGAUGUAGCACAUGCUAAGAAUCCAACCCAUUCCAUUAAAAAACUACCUACCUCUGCUUCAAUUGGUUGUGACAUUCAGAAUUCAGUAGGGAGUGGUAUAAAGUCAGAUAGCACUUUAAUAAAUCAAGUAGAGGUGGGUGAGGAUAGUGAAGAUUUAUUGGUAAAAAAUGAUUGUGUCAGUACAUUAACAGGAAUUUCCUCAGGUACAGAUGAAUUUAGGUCAGACAAUGAUACAAACUGGGAUCCCCAAAAAGAGUUCAUUCAGUUUCUUAUAACUAAUGAUGACACAGUAGAUAAAGCUCCAGUUAACUCUAAAAUAGGUCUGGAAAAAAAGAGAAAGCGAAAAAUGGAUGUAAGCAAGAUAACUCGUUAUACUGAAGAUUGUUUUAGUGAUUCUAACUGUGUACCCAACAAGUCAAAAAUGCUAGAAGUAGACUUUAUGGAACAGAAUGAAGACGUGCAAGCAAUAGACUCACGGACAUAUGCAUUAUCACAAGUGAAACCUGAAUCAGCUGAUGAAGACUUGGAAUCUGUGGAUACUUUUCAACAUCUAAUUUUUAACUCAGAGAAGUGUGGAGAAGACAGUUCACCUGUUCAUACUAGCACUUUUCUUUCAAAUACCUUAAAAAAGAAAUGUGAAGAAAGUGAUUCUGAGUCACCUGCUACUUUCAGCACCGAAGAGCCAUCAUUCUACCCCUGUACAAAGUGCAAUGUGAAUUUUAGGGAGAAAAAGCAUCUCCACAGGCAUAUGAUGUAUCAUUUAGAUGGGAAUAGUCACUUUCGUCAUCUUAAUGUCCCAAGGCCAUAUGCUUGUAGAGAAUGUGGACGGACAUUUCGAGAUCGUAACUCACUGCUAAAGCAUAUGAUUAUUCACCAAGAAAGAAGACAGAAAUUGAUGGAGGAAAUACGUGAAUUGAAAGAACUUCAGGAUGAAGGAAGAAGUGCACGAUUACAAUGCCCUCAGUGUGUAUUUGGUACCAAUUGCCCUAAAACAUUUGUGCAGCAUGCUAAAACCCAUGAAAAAGAUAAAAGGUACUACUGCUGUGAAGAGUGUAACUUUAUGGCAGUGACAGAAAAUGAGCUGGAAUGCCAUAGAGGAAUUGCCCAUGGAGCAGUGGUAAAAUGCCCUAUUGUCAGUUCUGAUGUAGCCCAGAGAAAGACACACAAAAAAACAUUCAUGAAAGACCCCAUUAUAGGAUCAUCCAAAAAAUCAGCUACCUAUAUAUGUAAGAUGUGCCCUUUUACUACUUCAGUCAGGAGUAUUUUUAAAAAACAUAUGGAGUACUUGCAUUCAUCAUCAUGCAUUGAUUCAUUUGGCAGUCCUCUUGGACUUGAUAAAAGAAAAAGUGACAUAAUUGAAGAACCUAUAGAUACUGAUAGUCCUAAACCAUUAACUAAACAACAGUCAACAUUUCCAAAGAACUCUGCUUUAAAACAAGAUGUAAAGCGAACAUUUGGAUCAUCCUCACAAUCAGGUAAUUUUUCAAAAUUCCAUAAACGGCCACACAGAAUACAAAAGGCUCGGAAAAGCAUUGCCCAGUCAGGUGUAAAUGUGUGCAAUCAAAACAGUUCUCCUCACAAGCCUGUUAUGAUUAAAAGCAGCAUUGACCAAAAACCUAAGUAUUUCCAUCAGACAGCAAAAGAAAAAUCUAAUGCCAAGGCAAAUAGCAACUAUUUAUAUAGACAUAAAUAUGAAAACUACAGAAUGAUCAAAAAAUCAGGUGAAUCAUAUCCUCUGCAUUUCAAAAAAGAGGAAGCUAGUUCAUUAAAUUCUUUACAUCUGUUUUCAUCAAGUAAUUCUCACAACAAUAGUUUUAUUUCAGACCCUCAUAACUCUGACACCAAAAGGUCAGAAAGCUUCAAAGACCACAGGCGUGUAGCUGUAAAGAGAGUAGUUAAGGAAUCUAAGAAGGAAAGUUCUGUUGGAGGAGAAGACUUGGAUAGCUAUCCAGAUUUCUUGCAUAAGAUGACCGUUGUUGUUUUGCAAAAACUUAAUUCUGCCGAAAAGAAAGAUAGCUAUGAAACAGAAGAUGAAAGUUCCUGGGACAAUGUUGAGCUAAGUGACUACACUACACAGACUAUAGAAGAUGAAACCUAUCAUGAUAUUAAUCAAGAACAUGUAAACUUAUUCCCUCUAUUUAAAAGCAAGGUGGAAGGUCAACAGUCCGGAGAAAAUGCUACACUUAGUUAUGAUCAGAAUGAUGGCUUUUAUUUUGAAUAUUAUGAAGAUGGUGGAACUAAUAACUUUUUGCAUGAGAUUCAUGAUCCUCAGCAUUUAGAAAAUGCAGAAACUGCAUUGUCAAAGCAUAGUUCUGUUUUUCACUGGACUGAUCUGUCUCUUGAGAAGAAAUCAUGUCCUUACUGCCCAGCAACAUUUGAAACAGGUGUUGGGUUGUCAAAUCAUGUCAGGGGACAUCUUCACAGAGCAGGAUUAAGCUAUGAAGCCCGCCAUGUUGUAUCACCAGAACAAAUAGCCACAAGUGACAAAAUGCAACAUUUCAAAAGAACUGGCACAGGAACACCUGUUAAGCGAGUUAGAAAAGCUUUAGAGAAGUCUGAAAACACUUCUGAACACACUUGUCAGCUGUGUGGUGGUUGGUUUGAUACUAAAAUUGGAUUAUCAAAUCAUGUUAGAGGCCACCUGAAAAGACUUGGAAAGACCAAGUGGGAUGCUCACAAAUCUCCAAUCUGUGUUCUGAAUGAGAUGAUGCAAAAUGAAGAAAAAUACGAAAAAAUCUUAAAGGCAUUGAACAGUCGUCGUAUUAUUCCUCGACCAUUUGUAGCUCAAAAACUUGCAUCAAGUGAUGACUUUCUAUCUCAAAAUGUUAUACCUCUUGAAGCAUACCGUAAUGGCCUAAAGACUGAAGCUUUAUCAGUGUCUGCAUCAGAGGAAGAAGGGCUGAGUUUCUUAAAUGAAUAUGAUGAAACUAAGCCAGAACUGCCCAGUGGAAAAAAGAAUCAGUCUCUUACACUGAUAGAACUGCUUAAAAAUAAAAGGAUGGGAGAAGAAAAGAAUUCCUCUGUUUCUCCUCAAAAGAUCCAUAAUCAAACUGCAAGAAAGAGGUUUGUUCAGAAAUGUGUUCUUCCACUAAAUGAAGAUAGUCCAUUGAUGUAUCAACCACAAAAAAUGGACUUCACUAUGCACUCAGGUAUGCCUGUGAAGCUUAGAACAUGUGUGCAUUGCAAUACGACGUUUACAAGUGCUGUUAGCCUGUCCAACCACUUACGCGCUUAUGCACGAAAGAAGAGUGCUGGACUUUUGACUGGUACAGCCUUAGAUUGUAAGCAAAAGAAAUCAAGGUCAAGAUCCGGAAGCAAGAAGAAACUUCUAACAUUACCUCAUGGUGCUGACGAGGUUUACAUUCUCCGAUGCAGGUUUUGUGGCCUAGUCUUUCGUGGACCGUUGUCUGUUCAGGAAGACUGGAUUAAGCACUUACAACGACACAUUGUAAACGCUAACCUUCCACGGACUGGAGCUGGCAUGGUGGAAGUCACAUCACUACUCAAAAAGCCUGCCUCCAUUACAGAAACUUCAUUUUCUCUACUAAUGGCAGAAGCAGCUUCAUAGAACAAGAAAACCUUUUAAAUAGCAAAUUUGAAUUGGAUGUAAAUUUGAAAUUCUUUGUCCUUUUUUUUCAAAGCCACAUUAAAUUAUCCAUUUAUAAAUACUAAAGCAGGAAAACGGGGAAAAGUGAAUGGCAGUGACAUCAGAGCAAAUUGAGUGCUUCAAACAGUAAGUAGUCUCUGUGUUUUAUACAGGAUGGGAGAGGCGUCUCUAAGGCUUACUACGUCUAGUCAGUAACCGUUCACUCAGUGAAAGACAAGUACGUGUAAGCAGUCGUUAAUAAACUGUUGCACAUGGAUACUUAAAGACAGACUUACUGGAAAAUUAUGUUUUCUGCAGUGUUACCAGAAUCAAGGUUCUGUUUAUUCCCCACAAGACUUGCGUUGAAAAAUAAGAUAUUAUAUUUUGUUUGUAUAUAUUUAGUGUUUUGUAUAAUACCAGGAACUGCUAACUAAAUUUACUCAACUUAGGGCAUUAAAUAUCAUGUACUUCAUAGUUUGAGACUGUUCACUCAAAUAGGGCAGAGUACUAUUCUAUCUAGACGUGUAAGUGUUUUUUUAAAAUCACAUGGAACGGUUUUUUUUUUUUUUUAUACUAAAAAGUGGAGGGAGAUUUGUUUAAACAAGUAUUUCUAAAAGAAAUAUGUACAUAGUCCUGGAAAUUAUUUGUGGUAAGGAAAUAUUCUUUACUCCAGUUGCAUUUCUCAGACAAUAAAGUGGUGCAUCCAUGCUACCUCCUACUUUGUCAACAAAGAUGCUAUUUACCCUUUACAUUUUUGUAUCAUAAUAGAUUUUAAAAAAUCUAAUAUUCUUUAUUGCAAGACAUCCUUUUGUUAACAGAUUUGUUUCUUUUUAAUGUUUUACCUAAAAUUUGACAUGCUUACAGGACAGGUUUGCCUCUUUAUUUAACAUUGUAGAAAUGUAAUUAAUAAAAUGAUGCUCACUACACGGUUUAGAAUAGGCUUUCUCAUUUAUAGUCUCUUCCAAAUUUGAUCAGUUAACAAAACUUAAUACACCAAUUGAAAUAUUUCUAUAUAUGAUGAGAAUGUUUACAAUUUAAAUUUUAGAACUUGUUUUGGAUGUGAUUAUAUGUACGAAAAUCGUGUAACACUAUGCUCAUGCUAAGAACCGACAUAAUGGAAUUACUGAAAUAAAUGUGCUGUGAGGAAUGGAAAAUAUGGUGCAGAUGUCUUGGUCAUGAUAAAUUGUGAUUCUCCUUUUAAAUUCCUUCCAAAAACAGAUUAGUUCUUUUAAUCUGAAAUCAGAUUCCUUUACAAAUAACAGUUUUUGUAUGCAAGCACCAUUUCAUUUUAUUUCAUGUAGUAUGGCUAAUACUAUAGUUGAAACAAGGAUAUGCAUUGAUACUUUUCUUCGUAUGUAAAUAAAGUUAAAAGCAGUUAAAAUGAGUAUUUUGGUAGAGUAUAUAUACAUACCUCACUGCCAGUGAAAUUGCUUUCCUAUGAUAUAUCUCCUUACCAGAAAAAUCUCUAAAUAAAAAAAGACUUAAGAAAAUUA